AUGUCCAACAUCAACCGUAGAAUGAUCCAUGAAAAAGUUCAAGAUGAUGAAGAAGAAGAGGCUAUUGUUACAACAUUAGUUGAACACCAUAUUCAAUCUGGGGAUCACGGCUCUGUAUCACGUCGUCAUGGAUUCGUGAUGAACCGCUGUGUCAUCAAUCGCAAUAGAGUUGAAGGUCAUGAGAGGCUUUAUCGUGAUUAUUUUGGCGAUUCUCCUACAUAUCCACCACAUUUAUUUCGUAGAAGGUUUUGUAUGCGUCAAUCAUUAUUUCUACAAAUUCAAGUAGCAAUUGAAUCACAUGAUUCAUACUUUGGUCAAAGAUAUAAUGCUGCAGGAGUUCUUGGAUUAUCAUCACUCCAAAAAAUUAUAGCUGCAUUAAGGAUGCUUGCAUAUGGAUCACCUGCAGAUGUUGUGGAUGAAUAUGUCAGGAUUAGCGAAAGUACAGCAGUAGAGAGUUUGAAAAGGUUCGUAAAAGCAGUGGUUGAGGUAUUUGGCGAGCAAUAUUUGAGGCGACUAAAUAGUAUUGAUAUUGCAAGGUUGAUGACCGUGGCUGAGCAACGCGAGUUUCUAGGAAUGUUGGGCAGCGUCGAUUGUAUGCAUUGGAAAUGGACCAAUUGCCCAACUGCAUGGCAUGGAAUGUAUACAGGUCAUGCCCGUGAACCAACCAUUAUUUUGGAAGCAAUAGCUUCAUAUGAUCUAUGGAUAUGGCAUGCUUUUUUUGGAUUACCGGGAUCAUUAAACGACAUUAAUGUGUUAGAUACAUCCCAUGUAUUCUUAGAAUUAGCAGAAGGUUGCGGUCCUGAAGUAAAAUACACUAUCAAUGGACAUGAAUAUACCAUGGGAUAUUAUCUUGCUGAUGGUAUAUAUCCCUCGUGGUCUACUUUUGUUAAAACCAUUCCAUCUCCUCAAGAGAAUAAGGCGAAAUUUUUUGCUGCACAACAAGAGUCUGCCAGAAAGGAUGUCGAAAGAGCAUUUGGAGUCCUACAAUCACAAUUUGCAAUAGUACGUGGACCGGGACAUUUUUGGGAUGUUCAAACACUCAAAGAUAUAAUGACGACCUGUAUAAUCUUGCACAAUACGAUAGUUGAAGAUGAACGUGGUACAGUUUAUGAGGGUGUGGAUUCCGAAUAUGAUAUAGUUGCUGGCACUCCAACAAUUGAAUUGUCUCGCAAUCGCACAAAUGAAAUUAGGGACUUCAUAUAG